AGUAGACAUGGCAACUAGGCGUCUGACAGAUGCUUUCUUAUUAAUGCGGAACAAUGCAAUCCAAAACCGGCAGAUUUUGGCUGAGCAAGUGAGUACCCACGAACCCCGUCGUACUCUGAGUACACGUAGCAAUGCUGCGGUGAGUCUAAUGUUAAUCGUCUGGAUCGUUUUGAUUUCAUGUGUUUUAGUUCGCUAGCUAAUCUGUUGGCUAGCAAAACCAAUAGUUUGUUGUUUGAAGCUGGAUAGUCUAGCUGUUAGCUAACAAAUAUUGGUUGUGGUUGGUGUGCACUGAGUGACGUUUGUCUACCUGAUUUUAUCCUAGCCUGCUAGCAAGUCCAGUCUGAUAGAUGUGUCUAGCUGGUGUUAAUUUGGCUAGGAAACCCACAUCAAUUAGACUGGAAACUAGCAGAGCCUCAAACAAACCCACAACUCCUGCGGUCCAUUUCCCAUCGGCUUGCCAUUUUGCCAUCACUUCAGUGUUGGGCAAAUGUUAAAAAUAUGAUCAUCACCGAUUAACAUCUCUAACCAUCAUACCCACGAAAUCGCAUGAUUCAGUCUCAUCGGAGUCGCACUAACACGACUGUCAGGAGCAGGUCGAAUGGGUCAUCGCAGAAAUGUGGGUUGUUGUCUGUAGUAGACCUGCUGUAGAGUCACUAGCGUCAGCUUAAGCAGCCACAACUGAACCGAUCAACCAAAACGUUCAUAAUCAGUCACCGGGCAGAAACACACAGCGGAGAGUUGGAUCAGUUACUCAAGAUAGCAUUUACAUGGAGCUCAAUUAUCAGGCAUUACUAGCAUAUUUCCCAGAGAUGUUCUCCAGGUAAAGCUGGUUGCAGGCACCUGGAAUGGAUUACUGAGUGAGCCUACUGGUCCCACGCUUAGGGCCCCUGAAGCCCAAAGCCCUGUGUGCAGGUACUACGAUAUUCCCCAGCCCUGAUAUCUGAAAAGGGCCCCUGAGCCAAAUAACAGGUAUUAUGGUAUGUGCUACGUCUCAAUAGGGCCCCUCAAUCAUAUUCUUUCACACAAACAUACUGGCGUUUGUGGGCGUUUUGAGCGGUAACCCGGCAUGCCAUGCUGUUGGAGGUUCAAACAAACGCUGCAUCACCAUUGAAAUCAAGUAGGGAAUUCACAUUGAAAUCAUGUAGGAAAUUCACAUUAAAAUCAAGUAGGGAAUCCACAUUGAAAUCAUAUAGGAAAUUCACAUUGAAAUCCUAUAGGAAAUUCACAUUGAAAUCAUGUAGGAAAUUCACAUUGAAAUCGCAUAGGAAAUUCAAUAUUGUCUGCACCUCCAAGUGGUCCGUGACGCAAGUUUGUGUGAUCGAAUACAAUGGGUUAUGUUAUUCACCCCUGAUCUCUGAAUGGGGCUCCUCAGUGAAAUAGCACAGGUUUCACUACUGCCCAUGGCAGGCACGUUGGGUUGUCUGUGGAGGGGGUCUAUCAGAUCUCCUGCCCAGAGAGCGGGAGGGUAACAUUGGUGCAUUAUGGCCCAUGGAGUUUACAUUGGUAUGGCCCGUGUAGGUUACAUUGGUAUGGCCCGUGUAGGUUACAUUGGUAUGGCCCGUGUAGGUUAUUACAGUUUACAUUGGUAUGGCCCGUGUAGGUUAUUACAGUUUACAUUGGUAUGGCCCGUGUAGGUUAUUACAGUUUACAUUGGUAUGGCCCGUGUAGGUUAUUACAGUUUACAUUGGUAUGGCCCGUGUAGGUUACAUUGGUAUGGCCCGUGUAGGUUAUUACAGUUUACAUUGGUAUGGCCUGUGGAGUUCUAAUGUAUCUGUAGUUCAGGUGGAACUGCUGUUUUGGCGUAGUUAGUGUGUGUUGAUGCACCUGGUGUUCAGUCUGACUCUCAGUGGCCCUCAGCACAUGUGAUUGGCCGUUGGCAGUGUAUCCUGAACACCUUCAGCACAUGUGAUUGGCCAUUGGCAGUGUAUCCUGAACACCUUCAGCACAUGUGAUUGGCCGUUGGCAGAGUAUCCUGCACACCUUCAGCACAUGUGAUUGGCCGUUGGCCGUGUAUCCUGAACACCUUCAGCACAUGUGAUUGGCCGUUGGCAGUGUAUCCUGAACACCUUCAGCACAUGUGAUUGGCCGUUGGCCGAGUAUCCUGAACACCUUCAGCACAUGUGAUUGGCCGUUGGCAGAGUAUCCUGAACACCUUCAGCACAUGUGAUUGGCCGUUGGCCGAGUAUCCUGAACACCUUCAGCACAUGUGAUUGGCCGUUGGCAGUGUAUCCUGAGCACCUUCAGCACAUGUGAUUGGUCGUUGGCCGUGUAUCCUGAACACCUUCAGCACAUGUGAUUGGCCGUUGGCCGUGUAUCCUGAACACCUUCAGCACAUGUGAUUGGCCGUUGGCAGUGUAUCCUGAACACCUUCAGCACAUGUGAUUGGCCGUUGGCCGAGUAUCCUGAACACCUUCAGCACAUGUGAUUGGCCGUUGGCAGAGUAUCCUGAACACCUUCAGCACAUGUGAUUGGCCGUUGGCCGAGUAUCCUGAACACCUUCAGCACAUGUGAUUGGCCGUUGGCAGUGUAUCCUGAGCACCUUCAGCACAUGUGAUUGGUCGUUGGCCGUGUAUCCUGAACACCUCUGCAAAGCACAGUCUCACAGUUAGCGCCGUACAGUUAGCCGUCCCCGUGUUGUUUUAGCACAAAUAUAGAACACAGAUUUGUCUGUUUUGCAUGAUUUUGUGUAAUAGUGUGUGUGUGCGUGUGCAUAAUAGUUUUGCAUGGCUUUGUGUGUGUGUGUGUGUCUCUUGUGCUGCUGCUUGGUGGUUGUGUUUGGCUUGUUUGUCUAGCUUGCUUGCGUUCAUGUGAAAGUGGUUGGACGUGUGACGUGGUGAUUACACACUCCAGUUCAGCAGCUGUGUGUGUGUGUGUGUGUGUGUGUGUGUGUGUGUGUGUGUGAGCGAGUGACGUGGUGAGUACACACUCCAAUUCAGCAGCUCUGUGUGUGUGACGUGAUUACACACACCCUCUCUCUCCCGGUGUAUGACUGACUGGGUGGGUGUGUGUGUGUGUGUGUAUAAGACAGAGAGAGAAGCUCUCUCUUCUCCACACACAUUCCAGAGAAAAUGUGCAUUCAGGAGCUGAGAGCUCACUCCCUGUGUGUGUGUGUGUGUGUGUGUGUGUGUGUGUGUGUGUGUGUGUGUGUGUGUGUGUGUGUGUGUGUGUGUGUGUGUGUGUGUGUGUGUGUGUGUGUGUGUGUGUGUGUGUGUGUGUGUGUGUGUGUGUGUGUGUGUGUGUGUGUGUGUGUGUGUGUGAGUGAAAGAGAGAGAGCGCUGCCUCUGCGCUGCUCUGAGCUGUGGAGCGGAGAACAGAAACCCGACCCGCCAAUCAUAGCUCAACUGCCUGGUAACCGUGGUAACUAGGUUUAGGACCGACAAGCAAUUUAAUUACAGAAGUUCCUGAGUCUGCCCUGAACUGAAAGGCAUGUUGUUAUUUUGUUCCAUUUGUUCAUGGUUCAGUCAGAAGACAAUAAACACUCCAUCGUUAACUCAAACAGGGACCUCCUAACCUGAGAUGAGAUUCUUCAAUGAGUUAGGAUUUGCUAUAUGAAAACAGACAAAGACAAUGAGACAAAUCUAGUCCUCUUGAGAAAAAGCCUUAUCUUCUGCUGGCUAUCUAAGCUGGAGACUUCCGACUUAAGAAAAGAGGCAGUUUCUGUACUCCCGCCCCUGAUCCAGGGCCAGCCGUGUGUGUGUGUGUGUGUGUGUCCAGUGUUAGGCCUGAUCAGCUGAGUUUGGACAUCUCACAUUCUGUCUGUGUGUACAUGACUGACUUCCAUGGGGCUCACCUGUGUGUGUGUAAAUCACGGUCUCUUCCUGGGAGCUCACCUGCUUUCCUUCACAUCCUGUGUGUGUGUGUGCGUGCGUGCGUGCGUGCGUGCGUGUGUGUAUAAAUCACGGUCUGUUGCUGGGAGCUCACCUGCUGUCCUCUCCUUCCCUCUUGCCUCUGAUUCUGCUCUCUGGACCGAUCUGCUGCUCUGGGCCAAUCACGUCAGGAGCUGGACGAGGCUGAUGACCGCAUGGCGCUGGUGUCGGGGAUCAGUCUGGACCCGGAGGCUGCCAUCGGCGUCACCAAGAGACUGCCCCCCAAAUGGACCGAAGGGGUGGACGAGAUCCAGUAUGAGUUGACGCGUAUCCGGCAGAAGAUGAAGGAGUUGGCCAGUCUGCACGACAAGCACAUGAACCGGCCCACACUGGACGACAGCAGCGAGGAGGAGCACGCCAUCGAGAUCACCACCCAGGAGAUCACACAGAUGUUCCACCGAUGCCAGCGGGCGGUGCGUGGGCUACAGGCGCGCUGUGGUCACUGCACUCAGCAGGAGGAGCGGGUGUUGCGCAACGUCGUGUCUUCCCUCGCCCAGAGCCUCCAGGACCUGUCCACUACCUUCAGACACACACAGUCCAGCUACCUCAAACGUAUGAAGAACCGUGAGGAACGAUCGAAGCACUUCUUCGACUCCGGUCCGUUGAUGGAGGAAGAUGAGGAUCUGGCACUUUAUGACAGAGGCUUCACCGAUGACCAGCUGGUGCUCGUGGAGCAGAACACGGUGAUGGUGGAGGAACGCGAGCGGGAGAUCCGGCAGAUCGUCCAGUCCAUCUCCGACCUCAACGAGAUCUUCAGAGACCUGGGCGGCAUGGUGGUGGAGCAGGGGACGGUGCUGGACCGGAUCGACUUUAACGUGGAGCAGGCCUGCUUUAAGACCGAGGACGGCCUGAAGCAGCUGCAGAAGGCGGAACAGUACCAGAAGAAGAACCGCAAGAUGCUGGUCAUCCUGAUCCUCUUCGUCAUCGUCGUCGUCCUCAUCCUCAUUUUGUUUUUCACCAAGUUUUAGCUCACAUUCCGAAGUGUGUGUGUGUGCGUGUGUGUCUGUGGGUGUGUGGGGGCCUAAUCUUUGCUCCAAUCAGGAUUGCUUGUCUGUACAACACUCCCGAGAGAAGAGUGAUAAAGUGUGUGUGUGUGUGUGUGUGUGUAGAACACUAUCAGCAGACCAUCUCCAAGGUUCCCAUGGUGACAGAGCAAGUGAAAACUUCCAGUGCAAUGGAAUCCCCCCAAAACACACACUCCCCCCCCCCCCCCCCCCCCUUCUGUGUCUUCGAUGGGUCCGUAAAGCUGCACAGAUUCCCAUUCCCAACUGACUAUUGCUCUUUUUGCCUUGGAAAGCACAUCGUUGAUUCACUAAGCUUUAGCUGUCGUGUGUGUGUGUGUGUGUGUGUGUGUGUGCGUGCGUGCGUGCGUGCGCGCGCGCGCGCGUGCGUGUGUGUGUGUGUGUGUGUUGCUCGCGCUACCCCCUGCAGGACAAUGGUAACACAACUUUAUCUGACUGCCGCUUGCAUGAGAGGGCCAGUGCUGUCAGACUACCCCCGUAUCUCUGACCUGUGUGUGUGUGUGUGUGUGUGUGUGUGUGUGUGUGCUCCUUUGUUGGCUCUGGGCCAAUGCAGAUCUCUCCUGCAGUAGAGAGUGUGUGUGUGUGUGUGUCAGAUCUCUCCUGCAGUAGAGAGUGUGUGUGUGUGUGUGUGUGUGUUUGUCAGAUCUCUCCUGCAGUAGAGUGACGGCAGUGGCACUUUAUCUUCACGUCCUUGCAAUCUCCUCCGGCACUACCCAUACUGACCACCAGAGGGGCACAGACUGCACUCCCCAUACUGACCACCAGAGGGGGCAACAGACUGCACUCCCCAUACUGACCACCAGAGGGGGGCACAGACUGCACUCCCCAUACUGACCACCAGAGGGGGCCAGAGACUGCCCUCUGACAGCAUGAACAUGAACAUGAACUUGAGGAGCCGCUGUGUGUCUGCUGAUCUCUCUGUGCUUUUGGACCUUUUCUGUCGUCGUGGUUUUGACAUGCACCUUCAGGCCGGCCUCUGAUUGGACGUCGGCUCUCGCGUGUGGCCUGCUCUCAGACUCUUCUGUGUUGCCGUGGAUACUACUGUCUCCUGUAAAAUAUGAAGUCAUUAUUUAUUUUAAAGUGUACAAAUUGUGAAGAUUGUAUCAGGGGUGAUGUCUAUGGUUUGAGAGGUGUGUGUGUGUGUGUGGGGGGGGGGGGGAUGUAUGAUACUCCUCCACAAUCAAGUCCACCAACGUUCUGUCUUAAAUUCUAUUCUGUAUCUCUGUCAUGUUUGUUUCCUUCUUUUGUAAUCUGAAACAUUCUGUCUGCUGUUUGAAGACUGUGUCCUAUACCAGGGCUGCUGUGUGAAGACUGUGUCCUAUACCAGGGCUGCUGUUUGAAGACUGUGUCCUAUACCAGGGCUGCUGUUUGAAGACUGUGUCCUAUACCAGGGCUGUCCUACUCCGUUUGAUCAAGUCGUUUUCCGCGGGAAGGAGAGGCUGCAUCGUGUAGUGAUGAUCGCUGUGUAUCAUCAGUGACAUCACUGGCGUCUGUGUGCAGAUGGUAUCUGCGGGGCGAAGAAACGGCAGUCGCCCCGAGUGAUUCUGUAUGGACCCUUCAGUCGCCCCGAGUGAUUCUGUAUGGACCCUUCAGUCGCCCCGAGUGAUUCUGUAUGGACCCUUUAGCGGUGGCAAGGGGCGUCGGGGUUAUGACAUGUAUGGAGGAAGAUUUUUCAGAAUAAACAUGAAAUGGUU